GGGGAAGGGGGGGAGGGAAUGAAGAUGGCGGACGCCAAGCAGAAGAGGAACGAGCAGCUCAAGCGCUGGAUAGGCUCGGAAACGGACUUGGAGCCGAACGUUGUAAAGCGGAAGAAGUCCAAGGUGAAGUUCGAUGACGGGGCCGUGUUCCUGGCCGCCUGCUCCAGCGGGGACAGCGACGAGGUGCUUAAGCUGCUGGACCGGGGGGCUGACAUCAACUACGCCAAUGUGGACGGACUCACCGCCCUGCACCAGGCUUGCAUCGAUGAUAAUAUUGAAAUGGUCAAAUUUCUUGUUGAAAAUGGAGCCAGUAUUAAUCAACCAGACAAUGAAGGUUGGAUACCACUACAUGCUGCUUCUUCCUGUGGAUAUCUUGACAUAGCUGAGUAUUUAAUUAGUCAAGGAGCAAACGUAGGCGCAGUAAAUAGUGAAGGAGACACUCCACUAGACAUUGCCGAGGAAGAGGCAAUGGAGGAACUGCUUCAAAAUGAAGUCAACCGUCUAGGUAUUGAUGUGGAAGCAGCAAGGAAAGAGGAAGAGAGGAUAAUGCUUCGAGAUGCAAGACAGUGGCUAAACAGCGGACACGUUAACGAUGUGCGACAUGCAAAAUCAGGAGGCACAGCUCUGCAUGUAGCAGCUGCAAAGGGUUACACUGAAGUUUUAAAACUUUUAAUUCAAGCAUGUUAUGAUAUUAAUAUUAAAGAUUAUGAUGGUUGGACGCCACUCCAUGCAGCUGCCCACUGGGGCAAGGAAGAGGCUUGUAGGAUCCUGGUAGAAAAUCUUUGUGACAUGGAUACUGUCAAUAAAGUGGGUCAGACUGCACUUGAUGUUGCUGAUGAAGAUAUUUUAGGAUACUUAGAAGAACUUCAGAAGAAGCAAAAAUUGCUUUUGAGUGAAAAACAAGAGAAGUCACCAUUAAUUGAGUCGUCUACUACCGAAAACAAUCAGCCAUUGAAAACACUGAACAAAGAGACUUUAAUUAUUGAACAAGAAAAAAAAAUAUCAACUAUUGAGUCUCUUGAACAAGAGAAGGCAGAUGACGAGGAUGAAGGAAAGAAAGAUGAGUCUAGCUGUUCUAGCGAAGAGGAGGAGGAAGAAGACUCUGAAUCAGAAGCAGAAACAGAUAAAACCAAACAGUCUACAAAUAGUACAAAUAUCAGAUCUCAGGCGCCCACUGGAACAGCUGUACCAUCUGUGGCAUCUGGACAGAUCACACCAACUUCACCAGUAAAGAAGUUCCCCACUCCUGCCACCAAAAUAUCACCUAAAGAGGAAGAAAGGAAAGAUGAGUCUCCAGCUUCAUGGCGCUUAGGACUUCGUAAAACAGGAAGUUAUGGUGCUUUGUCUGAGAUUACUGCAUCCAAAGAAGCUCAAAAAGAGAGAGACUUUACUGGUGUCAUGCGUUCUGCCUCCAGUCCAAGACUUUCUUCUACACUAGACAAUAAGGAAAAGGAGAAAGAUGGUAGAGGGGCAAGGCUUGCGUACGUAGCUCCAACAAUACCUAGGCGCCUUGCAAGUACUUCUGACAUAGAAGAAAAGGAAAAUAGGGAAUCCUCUGUCGGUUUGUCUCGUAUUGGUAGUUCUUACACAAGAAGAAAAUGGGAAGAUGAAAAGAAAAAUAGUUCUGUGAAUGAGAUUUUAAGUACAACCUAUCAACGAAGUAGUUCUUUUGGUAGACGGCAGGAUGAAUUAAUUAAUUCAGGAGUUUCCAGUUCAACCUCGGGAUCUACACCAUCGAUCACAUCGUCUGGGAUUACGAGAAGUCUUUCUAGUACUAUUAAUUCAAAAAGCACACUGGCUUCUUCAGGCUUAUUAAGCAGUACCUCAAACCGUUUGUGGACAGAGGAAAGUUCCGAAAAAGAAACUGUCCCUACAGCAGUCACCAUUCCAGUUGUAAAUCCUAUUUCUGCAUUCACAUCUUCGACCACAACUUCCACUGGCACUGUUCCUUCCACAACAGAGGUCAGGGAGAGACGAAGGUCAUACCUCACUCCAGUUCGUGAUGAAGAAUCAGAGUCUCAGAGAAAAGCUAGAUCAAGGCAAGCCAGACAGUCCAGAAGAUCAACACAGGGAGUCACAUUAACAGAUCUUCAAGAAGCAGAAAAAACAAUUGGCAGAAGUCGCCCUAUUCAAGCUAAAGAUCAGGAAAGUGAAGAAAAACAAGACAAAGAAAAGCAAGAAGACAAAAAAGAAUCUGAAAAUAAAAAUGACGAUUACCGAUACAGAUUCUCCCGCACCAGCAUGGAGGAGAGGUACAGGCCGUUAUCCAGCACUACUGUCACAUCAUCCACACCGUCACUUUCUUCAUCUACUGGUUCUUUAUAUUCUUCGAGUCAGUUAAACCGACCAAGCAGCUUAACUAGUCUCUCAUCUUCUUACUCAAACUUCUCAAGGCUUACUGCAAAAGAGCCAGAGAAAGAUGAAAAAGAGGAGGAAAAAGAGUUGGAGGACAAGUCUCAGUCAAAGUCAAUACGAGAAAGACGGCGACCGAGAGAAAAAAGACGUUCUACUGGCGUUUCCUUUUGGACGCAAGAUAGUGAUGAAAAUGACCAAGAGCAUCAGUCAGACACAGAUGACAGCACCAACAAGAGAGACAGCAAAAUGGACAGCCUGUUGAGGUAUCCAGGAACAUCAGGUGUUCUAGCCAGUGAUCGAUAUGAAUCAAAUAUGGGAUCUUCUAGUUAUUUAGGAAGAUUUAGUCACAGCAGACUAGAAAAGGAUGACUCUACUGAUUUUAAAAAGUUGUAUGAACAAAUUAUAGCAGAAAAUGAGAAGCUGAAGGCCCAGUUGCAUGACACCAACCUGGAAUUAACAGAACUAAAGUUACAGCUUGAAAAAGCAACACAGCGGCAAGAACGAUUUGCAGACAGAUCACUUUUAGAAAUUGAAAAAAGGGAAAGAAGAGCUUUGGAGCGACGAAUAUCUGAAAUGGAAGAAGAGCUUAAAAUGUUACCUGACCUGAAAGCAGACAACCAGAGGCUAAAAGAUGAAAAUGGAGCCUUAAUCAGAGUUAUAAGCAAGCUUUCCAAAUAGAACAUGGUUUUUCCACAGCAGCAGUUUAAUGGCAUUGCACAUAUGUAACUCCAGUGGACCAUAACGUGGCAGUCACUGGAUACAUUGGGGGGAAAAUUCCUUGGCAACUGUAACUUUCAGAAAUCCUGCCAAACUCCCUCUUUUUUUUUUUUCCUUCAUUUUGUACAAAAAAGAUUUUGUAUUAAAGUGCGGCUGCUGAGGAGAGAAAGUGACUAUGAAUUCUUGUUUACAGUUACAAAGUGCAAGAAAAGUGUUCAAGGCCAGAAGCCUCCUAUAUUUAACCAGUAAGCCUUAGUUGUACAUAUGCCUUUUUGCUAUCAAAAAGCUUUCUGCUACCACAGACAAGUUACCACACAGUUUAUGUUGUGCCACACAUGAAAUCUUUCAGUUCACUUUAUUUUUACUUUUAUAUAACAUUCUCUUGAAAUUUUAAAACGGUGAGUGUGCCAGCAGUUCCUUUAUAUAGUUUGUAGACCUCUUAUUGAAGACGUACUGUAUGUAACCUGUAAUGGUCAUACUGAUGUACUGACAGCUUACUGUGAUAUCAGCAACAGAAAAAAAAGUUACAGGUCGACUAGGCCUAAAUGUAUAGGUUUACAAAAUAUACAAGUUUGAUCAUUAGGAAAUCACUUUUAAUGACUACUCAGACAUUAGUGGGAAAGUUGCAUUUACCACCCGUGCUAAGCUCUGGAAAAGGAGGAGGUAAAACCUUUCCUUUCUAGCCAUCGCUUUUAUAAGGUUUGAAUGAGAUGUUCAGUACUUUAGCCUCCACACAUUUUUAGCAGAUACUGAUUUUUUUUUUUUUUUGCAUGUGUAUAUAUUUGUGUGCGUGUAUAUACAAAGGUAUAUAGAUAUUCUAGCUUAUAUCUAUAUAUUGGUAUAUAUGGAGAAGCUGUAUCGUUCCAAAACCACUGUGUGGCAUGCUCGGAUCCACUUCCUUGUCCGCAAUGUCUGUUACUCCAGGUUAGAUUAUUCCUAAGUAGUAAGUGAUCUUAAUAAAGUUCGGUCAUUUUAUGGUAUAUUGUCUAUUUUAUGGAGGCGUGACUUUAGUUAUAACUGUAAAAUAUUCUGAUUUUGUUAUUUUUCUUUAAGUCACAUCUAUUAAAAUUAUGUUAUUAUUUCACUACAUUUCAUGUUUCUUUUGAGUGCUGUCAGUAUCAUUUGUGCUAGUCAGAGUGAAGUCACUUAGAAUUCUAACAUGCACUCUCUUGUGUAAAUGCACUGUUACCAUGUCAGAAGGCAUGUCAUUUAAUACCACCGUCAUAUCUAUUUUCUACAUUUCAGUGGCCUUUUUGCAGAAAGUAACAAAUAUUAUAAAUAUGUAUGUGUAUACAGCUAAGUGAGAGUUGCUGCUUUUUUUUUUUUUUUCUUUUUUUUUUUUAAAAGCUUUUAUAUUUUCACUGACCUAUGAGAAUGACAGCGUAACAAUGGCACAUGAAUUAUCUAAUCCACUGAAACAGCUUGGUCAUUAAAACAAAGUUGUAAAUUGUAAAGCUUUCAGCAGCUAUUGUAUUGUUGACUAUAAUGUAUAUGAUAUUAAAUGUGAAUUUGUACCCCUUUAAUUUACAAAAAAAGGUCAUUGUGAUCUACUGCCUAUUUUUGGGGGGUUUUUGGUUAUCCAGACUUGAUGUCCUUUGUUUUGGUUUCUAAGUUUUAUGAAGAUACAUUGUCUUGCUCUUACUGCCAACCUCAGGAUUCUUGACUUUUUAAGGUACAAAGAUAAUUGUGGGGUGUUGCUGUUCAUUUAUUGUGUAUGUAAGGGUCCUAAAGAUUUGCAUCUUGAGGAUGCAAGUAGUAAAACUGUACAGCAGACGAAGCUGCACGGUUGUGGAGAUGCUAGAUUGCUUAAAUUAUGGGUUAUACAUGGCAAAGUUUGGGUGUCUGAAGAAUGAUUAAAUAUUUCUAAUUUAGUAUUUUAUAUUUAGUUUAUUUAUUCUUUAUCUAAACAGAUUGGAUACUGUGCUACAGUGAUUUUAUUGGUGGUAAUGAGCAGGCUGUGUAUCUGCAUGAAACUCGUAACAAACCUAGUCUUUUGAGAAAAGUGUAUUUUGACAUAUACAAAUAAAAACAAAUGAAACUAU